CUGCAGCAAAACUUCUGAAGGUUUGCAGAAGACGGUAAGAGAACCACCGAGAAGGCUAUUGUAGUAUUGUCAAUUCCAGAAGUCUGGUACCGGGACUGCUACUCCAGCUUUCUCAUUGCUGCUGGUGGCUGGUCCUUAUCGCAACGCUACUUGACUGUUGAAUGUGCGGAGAAUAUUAUUCUAAGGACAGCAGUCUCCUCUGUGUUUGAGCGCCUGCUGCUAUAUAAAUACGCCUCAGUUGGAAUUUACUAUUGCCAAUAUGUAUCAUUCUGUGUCUGAAACCAGUCACCCUUUGCAAACAGAGGAACAAGAAAUAGGCAUUGAUCCCUUGCAGAGUUAUUUGAACAAGCCAGGGGAAGGAGGAUCAAAUGAAAAUGGAAGCACACACCACACCUCAGAUUCAGAUGGAACAUUUAUUUCUUACAGUAAAGAAUGGGAAGAACUAUUUGUAAACAACAAUUACUUGGCAACUAUACGGCUGAAGGGGAUUAAUGGGCAGCUGAGAAGCAGCAGGUUCCGUAGUGUUUGCUGGAAGUUAUUUCUGGAGGUUCUACCCCAAGACAGAAGUCAGUGGAUUAAAACCACUUCAGACUUAAGAACUUCUUACAAUAAGAUCAAAGAAAUUCACAUUACAAACCCUCGGAAAGCAGGACAGCAAGAUCUGAUAAUCAACAACCCUCUCUCUCAGGACGAGGGGAGUCUUUGGAAUAAAUUUUUCCAGGAUAAAGAGCUUCGAGCAAUGAUUGAACAAGAUGUGACAAGAACCUUUCCUGAAAUGCAGUAUUUCCAGCAAGAGAACGUGAGAAAAAUUCUUACAGAUGUUCUGUUCUGCUAUGCCAGAGAAAAUGAGCAGUUGCUUUAUAAACAGGGUAUGCAUGAACUUUUAGCUCCCAUUGUCUUUAUCCUGCAUUGUGACCACCAAGCUUUUUCACAUGCCAGUGAAGCUGCACAACCAAGCGAGGAAAUGAAAGUUCUUUUGAAUCCUGAAUAUCUGGAACAUGAUGCCUAUGCAAUGUUCACACGUCUUAUGAAAACUGCAGAACAUUGGUUUUCAACUUUUGAACAUGACAGUCAGAAGGAGAAGGAUAUGAUGAUUACACCUAUGCCAUUUGCAAGGCCACAGGACUUAGGCCCAUCUAUUGCUAUUGUAGCGAAGGUAAACCAAAUUCAGGAUCAUCUGCUGAAGAAACAUGAUAUUGAGCUGUACAUGCAUCUGAACCGUCUGGAAAUUGCUCCACAGAUUUAUGGACUGCGAUGGGUAAGGCUCCUGUUUGGACGUGAAUUCCCACUUCAGGACCUUCUGGUUGUCUGGGAUGCUCUAUUUGCUGACAGUAUCACCCUGAAUUUAGUUGACUACAUUUUUGUAGCCAUGUUGUUAUAUAUUCGAGAUGCCUUGAUUUCAAGUAAUUAUCAGACCUGUUUGGGACUUCUGAUGCAUUAUCCACCUAUUGGAGAUGUUCACUCCCUUAUCCUAAGAGCACUUUUUCUUCGAGAUCCAAAGAGAAAUCCAAGACCAGUGACUCACCAAUUCCAACAAAAUCUAGAUUAUUACAAAGCACGUGGAGCAGACUUGAUGAACAAAACCCGCGCCAGUGCUAAGGCUGCCCCACUGAACAUUAACAAAGUCUCCAACAGCUUACUGAAUUUUGGCCGAAAGCUCAUCGCUCCGGCUAUGGCUUCAGGAGGGGCUGGGGGUGCUCCUGCCGGCGGGAGCAGCUUUCCUCCCCCUGCAGUGCCCAUCAGAAGCGCAGUGGAAACCCCCCAGCAGCAGCACCACCACCACCAGCACCACCACCACCACCAGGCACAGCAGCAGAGGAUGAUGAAGUCCGAAAGCAUGCCAGUUCAGCUGGGCAAAGGCGAGGCAGGCGCAGGCAGCGAUGCUGCGCUGCCGGGCCCCGGGCAGCAUCCCCCUGCCCUCCCAGGCCAAAGUUCAAAAAACAUCAGUUCAUCUCCAAGCAUAGAGAGCUUGUCUGGAGGACGUGAAUUUACAGGAUCUCCACCAUUGUCUGCAUCAAAAAAGGAUUCCUUUUUCAGUACAAUCUCCCGCUCCCGUUCCCAAAGCAAAACUAUGAGCAGAAAAGAAUCGGAGGAGGAAUUGGAGGCCCAGAUUUCAUUCCUACAAGGACAACUAAAUGACUUGGAAGCCAUGUGCAAAUAUUGUGCGAAGAUGAUGAACACACAUCUUGGAAAUAUUCAGGAAGUCAUAUUACAAGAACACUUGGAAAAAGAAGAUGAAAUUCUGGUUUCCUUGGCUGGUUUGAAGCAGAUCAAGGACAUCUUGAAAGGUUCCCUGCGUUUCAACCAGAGCCAGCUGGAAGCUGAAGAAAAUGAGCAAAUCACGAUAGCCGAUGAUCAUUACUGUUCCAACAGUCAGAACAAGGGGACAGGUGAUGUCCUAAAGGGACCUGUUAUGACAAAACAACAGUUCAUCUCAGGACGACAGACUAUGACUGAUUCGAGCACUAGUGAGAGCAAGAGUGCUGAUGACUAUAUUAUGGUUUCCAAAGAAGAGGAAGGAAGUAGAAGUGCUGUCCCGGAGCCAGCGCAGUCCCAUCAGGCACACAAGGAGGCAGCAGUGAAGCCAGAAGCUCCUCCUCGUUCUUCUUUGAUAUUCUCUGACCCACUGAUGGGCUCCAUUUCAGCCUCCUCCAGCAACCUGAGCUCCAGCCCUGAUGACGACAGUAGUAAUAACAGCAAAGAUUCUGACUUUGCUAUUGUCAGCCCACUGGACAUCUAAAGAAACAGGUUGGGAGAGUUUGAGAGGUCGGUCGUUACACCUCAGCUCAAAUUCUUACGAUUCCACAGGCUGGAUAGUUCUUUGGAUUAGAAGUACAGAAAAUAGAUAAAGGUAACCCAUUUCAGCUGCCAAAAGCCUAAAUUAAAAAAAAAAAAACCCAACCCAAAAACCAAAACCCACAAAUUUGCAACUUUUCCAAAAGAAUAGACGCCUUUUAAUAACUGCCUUAAAUAAAGACCCAGUAAAACCCGGUUCUAAUAUACAGUUAUUCUUUGUUAUAGAGUUAUCUUACUUAGGAGCUUUGUUACUAUAGAACUGUUGCUUUCCCAAAACAUAGAAUAGUAUGUGCUAGGUACCAUAAUGUAUUAGGAAAUGUGUAGAAACUUGGCAUCAGACCUGAAGCAGCAAAGACAAGCUAGAUUUAAUAUCGUCCUUUUGCAAAAUAUGCUCAACUGGGUUUUCUGAGUAGGAAAGGGUACUGUUUCUUCAGAGACUGUGACUAGAGAAGUAGGGGAUGUAUUUCAGAAAGAUUAAAAGCAUCAUCCUGGCAGUAAGCUUGUUCUCAGUUGAGGAAUCCUGGUUUCUUCAUUUUCAUCCGGCAGUAGCCUGAGGUGUGUUCAAGGCAGAGGUUUGUGUAGUUGUUCCUCAGCGCUGUCUUACAGGAGAAUGUGUGACAAAUUCCUUGAGAACGGGGACCUAUACAACAGAGCCAUAUUUCCCUUUGCCUACUUUUUUUCCCCUUGAGAGUUCCCAGUUCACCUCUUUCCCUCUUUGUAUCUGUCUACUUUUACUCCCCCUGGCAUUUUUAUUUUAUGAGAUGACCACAGUUAAAACAGUACGUGCAAGGGAAAUUACAGUAUUUCAUAGUGUAGACCUGAACCAGUUGAACUAAAACUAGCUUGAGUAUGAUAACUUACCAGGGAAGGGUGCAAAGUGAAAUGAAAUGUUCAUAAUUAAAAGCACUUUAUGUCUCAUUACUAUUAUCUUCUAUAGACUCUGUUUACAUAUAUUCCUAUAUGAUUUCCACGUUUCUAGUCAAGAAAAACAUAAUGGUGCGGCAGUGUUAACCAACAGAAAGUUUCUAAUUAACUCUAGAACGUGUUCUUCUAUGGAAAAGUGUAUUUCUUUCCCAUCAAGUACAUAGUACAUCUAAUAACAGUUUUUUCAAGUAGAUACGGCGGGGGGGGGGAGGCUGCUUGCUGAUCCCUUUAAACUCUGUUGGAAUCCACAAAAAGAAACUGGUGGUGAGUGGACACCUGCUCUUGUAGGACCUACACAGAACUAGCUUGAGGAAGGAAUGCUAGAAAGUCACUCUA